CCCGCAUCUCUCCCGCUCUGUCUUGCCAAGUUCUGCCAAGCUUUACUAACACACGCACCAGCAUAAAAACAUGGCUGCCGAAAUACAGCCUACCUUCUCACAGUACACUCAUACAGGGGAGGAUGAUGAGAUUGAGGCGAAGGAGAAGGACAACUUCAAGAUAGACGUGUCGGACAUUGAGGCCGACGUGUCCGGCAGCGACGACGAGAGCAAAGCAAUCUUGCAAAAGGCUGAGAAGACAGAGUUAACACCAGAUGAAGCAUUCAAGUGCGAUGUUCAUGGUGACCAGUCUCCUUUUCCCGAGGUCGCCGCAUGUGUGCCCAACACGGACGAUCCAGACACCCUCUGCAACACCGUCCGCGCUUGGAUUCUCACCACCAUCUUUGUGACGCUGUUUUCUGGAGUUAACCAGUUCUUCUCCAUGCGCUACCCGUCGCUCUCGAUUGGAUAUGUUGUUGCACAGCUUCUUGUCUUCCCCAUUGGCCGAGCAUGGGAAAAACUUCCUCGGUGGCGUGUGCCUCUGGGCCGCUUCACCUUCGACAUCAACCCGGGGCAAUUUACAAUGAAAGAGCAUGCGUUGAUUGUGAUAUGUGUCAACAUCAGCGCCGGCUCCGCAUAUGCCGCCGGUUCUGUGGUAGCCAUCAUCAGCCCCGUGUACUGGAACCGUGACUACGGGGCGGGGUUCUGCUUCAUUUACCUCUUAACCACGCAGAUGAUGGGAUUCGGACUUGCUGGCCUUUCCCGUCGAUGGCUUGUCUACCCGGCCGCACUAAUCUGGCCGUCGUCCCUGUCUUCCACGGUCUUGUUCCGGGCCCUGCACGAACCGCAGGACAGCUCGCCUGCCAACGGCUGGAUGCUCACCCGGUACCGCUUCUUCGGAUACUUUUCCCUCUUCGCUUUUGUCUUGUUCUGGUUCCCAGAUUACAUCUGGACAAGCCUUGGCACCUUUGCGUUUGUUACGUGGAUUUUCCCUCACAACCAGAAGGUCAACACCAUCUUCGGGAUGAACUCUGGGCUCGGACUUCUGCCACUCAGCAUCGACUGGACGCAAAUCACCUACGCGAAUUCGGCCGGGUCUCCUCUCACGACGCCCUUCUACAUAACCUGCAACGCUUUUGCUGUGGUCGUGCUGUUCUACCUCUUCCUAUCGCCAAUAUUGUAUUACACCAACGUCUGGUACAGCGGCUUCCUGCCCCUCCUCUCUUCCAGCACAUAUGACAAUACCGGCAAGUCAUACAACAUCUCACGCGUGGUUGACGAGAACCUCGACUUUGUCCUCAGCAAGUACGAAGCUUACUCGCCCAUGUACAUCUCCAUGUCCUACUCUCUCACAUAUGCGCUUUCCUUCGCCGCCGUGACUGCCGUUGUCUUCUACACAUAUCUAUACAAUGGUUCCGAGAUAUGGGCCAAGUUCAAGGACUCGCGUCACGGCGGCGAAGAUAUCCACAAGCGGCUGAUGCGAUCCUAUCAAGAGGUGCCAGACUGGUGGUAUGGUAUUCUCACCGUCGUUGUUCUGGGCAUGGGCAUCCUGACCGUGAGAUAUUGGGACACUGGCCUGCCUGUCUGGGGAUUUAUUGUGGUGUGCUUCGGCCUGGGGGUUGUCCUGAUUGUGCCCGAGGGCAUCCUUGAAGGCACAACUAACCAGAGAAUCUUUCUCAACAUCAUCACCGAACUCAUCGCUGGGUAUGCGUGGCCUGGCAAACCCAUCGCCAACAUGAUGGUCAAGUUUUAUGGGUACAAUUCAGUCAAGCAUGGCAUGGACUUUGCGCAAGACCUCAAGCUGGGUCAAUAUAUGAAAAUCCCCCCUCGAGUCCUUUUUGUCGGUCAGGUUUAUUCGUCAAUCUUAGCGACCCUGACGCAGACUGGUGUCCUUAGAUGGAUGAUGGGCCAUAUUCCGAAGCUCUGCGAACCAUCCAACACGCAGCGCUUCACCUGUAACGGUGCCAAGGUGGUAUACAACGCUUCUAUCAUAUGGGGAUCUAUUGGCCCUCAGAGGAUGUUCCAGUCAGGGCAGGUCUAUAGCGGUAUUAUGUACUUCUUCAUAAUCGGGCCGGUAUUGACGAUUUUAGUCUACAUGAUUUACCGAAGAUAUCCAAAUAGUUGGGUGCGUUACAUCAAUGUCCCGGUCUUCUUAAACGCGGCUGGCAACAUCCCUCCAGCGAAUACAACGCAAUACUCCCUUUGGUUCAUUUUUGGAUUCUUGUUCAACUACCUCAUCCGGAAGCGAGCCUUUGACUGGUGGAAGAAAUACAACUAUCUCCUCUCAGCGGCCAUGGACACUGGGACUGCAGUUGCUACCGUGCUCAUUUUCUUUUGCCUCAGCUACAAUGGCGUCGUCUUUAGCUGGUGGGGGAACACUGUGGGAGCAAAUACCGACGAUGCGAAGUCGGUUCCGUGGCUGAAAGUCCCCAACGGUGGCCAUUUUGGCAAGGGCCCAGGCGAGUUCUGAUGCAAUCGAUCUACUCGACUGCCCAUCCACUGGGGUAAACUUGGCUUAUGAUAACAAUGGUCUGGGGUAGGGAUGCUGAACGGCGUGAUAGUAAACAAAGGAGUUAGGCCUGCUUGCAGUCAAGGUUUAGAAUUGAGAUAUCAAUCGGCGUCUGGUAGAGCUUUGAGGUCCCGUGAUAGCCCUCACUCCUCUUAG